CUGUUUGAUUCCGUCUCAUGUGCAUUAUAAAAAUGCAAGGAGAUCGUUCCUGCCUCCACGGGCUCUGCUCUUAGUGUAUUUGGAUCUGCACUCAAAUCAGUGAUCGUGUUAUCUCUCUCCAUCAAGUAAUUGACCUUUGAGUCUUCCCAUUGUGCAGCUGAAAGAAGAGAUGGGGUUGUCUUUCGGUAAGCUUUUUAGCCGUCUCUUUGCCAAGAAAGAGAUGCGUAUUCUGAUGGUAGGUCUCGAUGCUGCUGGUAAGACUACCAUCUUAUACAAGCUCAAGCUGGGAGAGAUCGUGACCACCAUUCCUACCAUUGGGUUUAAUGUAGAGACUGUGGAAUAUAAAAAUAUUAGCUUCACCGUUUGGGAUGUGGGUGGCCAAGACAAGAUUCGUCCUUUAUGGAGACACUAUUUCCAAAACACCCAAGGACUUAUCUUUGUUGUUGAUAGCAAUGAUCGUGAUCGUGUUGUUGAGGCUAGAGAUGAACUUCACCGGAUGUUGAAUGAGGACGAGUUGAGAGAUGCAGUACUUCUUGUAUUUGCCAACAAGCAAGAUCUACCAAAUGCUAUGAAUGCUGCCGAAAUCACGGACAAGCUUGGUCUUCAUUCUCUCCGUCAGCGUCACUGGUAUAUCCAAAGCACGUGUGCCACUUCUGGGGAAGGACUCUAUGAGGGACUGGACUGGCUCUCCAACAAUAUAGCGAACAAGGCUUAAAAGGCAAUCAUGUUUAAUGGGAUGCUGCAAUCUUUACUUCACAGUGGGCUUCGGGCUUGUAUCAUCACAUUGAUUGGCACUAAUUCUAUUCCUGCGUGAUCCCCCCCCCCAAUUUAGAUAAUUGUUAUAUUGUUAUGUCAUGUGCUAGCAGUCUGUUAUAGAUUCUGAAUAAAUGAAUGAAUUACAUAUACGUUUCACUA